UUCCUUCUUCCACACCCGGCCGUUGGGGGUUGGUUGGCGGAUUGGGACCACGAGUGUCUGGCAGUGUGGACUGGGGCCUUGUCACUGAGGCAGAGUCGCUUCUGGGCUCCGAGGCAGCUGCCCCAUGCUCUGCUGGGCACGGUACCAUGUUCCCACACUUCCUUUUGCUGCUGACUGUCCUGAGCCCUGGCAACAGCCUGCUUCCCCUGCAGGACCCCUGGGGGCAUGAUACCAAGGAAGCCUGGAGCCCCGUACAUCUCCGGGAACGGAGACAGGUGGCUGGGGAUGAUGACUUUGAGGACCCUGACUAUAUGUAUAACACAGACCCCCCAGAAUUGCUGAAAAAUGCCAGCGACAUUGCGACUCUUCACCCCGAGCUUCUGACCACCACGACCAUGCUAGAGCGGAGAGUUUCCACGGGCGCUGGAACCUCUGAGACAGCCACUGUGAAGGUGGCCACCACCGGCCCUGCUGGCCUAGGUACAGGAGGGCCAGCUGUUGGGAUGCUGAGCACAGAAUCUGCCACACAAAGGAGUCUAAUCACAGUGGAGAUGACCAUCCAACCAGCAUCCCCAGAGGCAGAGACCUCUCAGCCAGCACCCACAGAGGCAGAGAUCUCUCAGCCAGCAUCCACAGAGGCAGAAACUUCACAGCCAGCACCUACAGAGGCAGAGACCUCUCAGCCAGCACCCACAGAGGCAGAAACUUCACAGCCAGCACCUACAGAGGCAGAGACCUCACAGCCAGUAUCCACAAAGGCAGAGACUUCUCAGCCAGCACCCCUGGGUGCAGAGACCUCUCAGUCAGCACCCACAGAGGCAGAGAUCACCCAGCUCCCCGGGAAUCAGGCUGUGGAAAGUCUGUUUACAACGUCUGUAGCCACAGAAGCCACUUCCACAGAACCUACUGCCGUGAAGACAAUGUCCGCAGAGUCUAAUGAGUCUACCAGCUUCCUUGGGCCAUCCAUGACUCAUAAGGACAUUGGCCACUUACCUGACAGUGGCCAGAAGAAAGGGCUGAUGGUGACUCCUGGGAGUUCACUGACCCCAACCCCGCCAGGGAUCUCAGACCUCAUCCCGGUGAAGCAAUGCCUGCUGGUUAUCCUUAUCUUAGCCUCUCUGGCCACCAUCUUCCUUGUGUGCACAGUGGUACUGGCGGUCCGCCUCUCCCGCAAGACCCACAUGUACCCAGUGCGGAACUACUCCCCGACGGAGAUGAUCUGCAUAUCAUCGCUGCUCCCUGAGGGGGGCGACGGAGCCCCUGUCACAGCCAAUGGGGGCCUGCCCAAGGUCCAAGACCUGAAGACAGAGCCCAGUGGAGACCGAGACGGGGAUGACCUCACCCUGCACAGCUUCCUUCCUUAGACCCCCUGCCUGCCCACCUGAGCAAGAUGCUGGCUCCAUGUUCCCCGCUGGUCACCACAGCCAUAGAUCUGGGCUUCCUGGGUGAAAUGUAUCCAUGAGGGUCUUAGGGAAGGGGCCUUGCUUCCCUCCGAUCAGGGUCCAGAGCCCCUAAGGUCCUGAUCUUCCUGCUUUGUUCAUGGGUCCUGGUGGCCUCCGAGUUAAGGACUACAGCACCGUGAACAUUCUCCACCUGUUCUGUUUUAUCCGGAUCCCCCGCCCUGGUGACUCCCACCGCAGUGUGCCUCCCUGCAGGUCACUGGAUUCCUGUCCUUACAUUCUCAAGAAAGACUCAGCUCCCUUAUCCCAAAGCCGUUCUCAAGGUUGCCACGGUUGCCUGAUAAGAAAGCGGCAUUGUGGGGUUGGGGGAUGGGGAGCCACCAUGUCUGCUCCUCUGACCCCAGAGGUGGGCAGCUUGGCUCUUCCAGGCCCCUGGCUUGGACAGAUGGUCCUUCCUUUGGGUCUGUGUGAAUCAAUGAGUUUCUGUCCAGUUACAGAAGUGACCUCCCGAUUCGGCCCAGCCCAGCACAGGCGCUCAGUAAACAUCUGAUAAUAAAGGUGCCUGAGUCCUUCAAA